CAGCCGAGCAACCCACCGACCUAUUAUGAAUGGUACGAAAAGGAGAAAGCAAUGCCGCAGCACGAGAUCACGUUGAGUUAUCCGCAAGGGAGGGAAGGUCGGUACUUGUGGAUCGCCAAUCACGUCGUAGCCAUUGGGUGGGGCAAUGCCAUGCAGGAAGCCAUGUUGAACGCUCAUCUCGCAUAUUUGACACGAAGGAUACACGUCUUCGACAACUACACGUGGAACGCCGAUGAUCCAGCGGAUUUCUCAAGCUACAAUGGCAAUCUCAUUCCUUCCCGUAUCCCACUUACUGCGUUGCUUUCUGGACCUAUGGCGGGUGCACCUUUUGCACCUCCUGCCCCUGUCCCACCAGCAGUGGUCCCCGCAUUUUUUCACAACGUUUGCGAGACCAAGACUGUCAUCAAUCCUUCCGAAGUCAACGGGCAAAUUCCAGACGCGUCCGCCGCGACGCUUGUUCAGGCUUGGGUGGACAAAUUGAACCAGAUAGAUAAUAGGUGUGUUGAGAUCGAGGCCAAGACGCAGCAAAUCUUUGACUUCUGGCUCUUUGGCGAUUCAAAACGGCUGCUUGAUAUCUGGCCCUCGUUCUCCAAGUCGCCCAUCCUGACCCAGUUCGCGUGGUCCCCGCUCAUCACUUCUGCUGUCGAAACCAACCGCGCGCUCAUCCAUCCUGCAAUCGUACCUGGAGAAGGCGCGCGGCGCCAGCGCAUGCCGCUCCCUGGCCUCCUCGCGCUACACGUCCGGCGGGGUGACUUCGUCGAUCACUGCAUCAACCUCGCAAAUUGGACGUCGCGCUAUACCGGCUUCAACGAGAUUCCGUCGUUGCCGGACCGCUUCGAGCCGCCGGCGGGCGGUGGCGCGGGUUGGAAUACGCCGGAGAAUUACGCAGUCUACGCGGCGCGGUGCUUCCCGCGGAUCGAACAGAUUGUCGGGCGCGUCAGAGAGGUGCUCAAGACACCUGCUGGGCGGAACCUGGAUCGGGUGUACGUGCUCACGAACGGGAAGGUCGAGUGGCUAGCAGAGCUGAAGGAGAAGCUGGGCGAGCUGAGGGAGUGGAAGAGCGUGCAGACGAGCCGCGAUCUGCGCUUAAGUUGGGAACAGAAGUAUGUGGCUCAGGCGAUUGAUAUGAUGAUUGCGCAGCGGGCAGACGUGUUCAUUGGGAAUGGGUUCUCGAGUUUGACGUCAAACGUGAACAUACUGCGCCUGGCACAGGGUCUUGAGCCGGAGACCAUGCGGUUCUGGUGA